AUGAACGAGUCGCUGCUCACCGGCAGCAAGGACUGCAAUCUUGGUGAGGGGGCUGGCAUCAUCAAUUUUGCUUCCGUUCCGCUGGAUGAUGAUGCGUGGAAGCGGACAAGCCUUCGAGACCGACUGAGACUCACGAGCCUGAAGAUCCUACGAGACAAUGCCUUCUUGCCUAUUCCGGCUGUGAUCAGCACAUACGUGCCAAUCGGCCUCAUUUGGUGGUUUGGCUUCCAAUGUAUAUUCAUGGACACCUCUACGUCUCUUCUGACUGAUUUGAACAUGAAGAGGCUCCUUGUCUACCAAGUCCUGCAUGGCCUUUUGGGCCUUGGAGCGACCUCGUCCCUGCUGGGCUUCCGUUUUAAGUGGCACCUGGGAAGUACCGCGAUCCACUUCCUGACGCCAGGGACGCUCUGCUCCCCUCUGCUGCCCCAGGUGGCGAACCUGCUGAACUUUGGCCGCGGAGUUCCCGGGCAGCGCUCCAUCUUGGCCGUCGUGAGCUUCGCAGCCUACAUCGCCUUGCUGCUGCGGGCGCUGCUGGCCCCUGAGCUAGGGGCAUCGCAGCUGCUGCCGAUCUACUUGGCACUUGCCCUCUGCACCGUCUUCGACUUUACCAUCUACCUGGCCAGCCGAGGAGAGCACUACGUGUACAUGCUGGUUUGCCUGAUGUUCCCAGACUGGCGCAAUGGCAUGCAGUGCGUGCAGUUGGCACUUUGGUCCUGGGCAGGUGUCUCCAAGAUGGGCCCUUGGUUCCAGUAUGUGCUUCCCUUCAUUACGAAGGAUUCUGCAGUCGCCAAUCUCCUUCCAAGGGGCUUCCUUGCCAAGAUCAUGCUGGCAGACUUUCCGAGAGACGUGAACCCGAGUAUGUUCACCACUGUUCUGGCCUGGACGGGCGCGCUGCUGGAAAUAGUCUUCCCCGCCCUCUGCUGUUGCUCGGUGCCGCUGCGAUAUGUCGGUGCUUACGGAAUGAUCGCCUACCACUUCUUUAUUGGGGUGUGCAUGCCGUUCGCGUCGGUGUUCGAGUGGAACUUCUUCUGUAUGAUCUUGGCAUACUACCUCUUUGUCGUGAACCAGCUCUCACUGCCAUCUUCCCUGUUCCUGCAGUCGUUCCUUGUGCUGGUCCUUGUUCUCAUCCCUUUGUUUGGGCAGCUUUACCCCACUCUCGUGCCAUUCCUUAUCGCCUACCGCCCCUACGCGGGGAACUGGAGAUUCCAGUGGUAUAUUGUCCACAAGAAGGCGCUGCCCAAACAUCAGAAGCUGAAGACCUUGGAAGACCCAUUCACAGGAAACAACCUGGGCUGGAUGUACAGGAUGCUGUUCGGAAAGUGGGGCGCGGCCAGCAAAAGUGCCAUCGAACGAUGGGACUGGUUCCUCACUGCCAGCAUCAUCUACGUGCCGGCUUACCGCCCUCUGGUAUCCAUCUUGGAGAAACUUUGCGAAGAGAACGGCUGGGACAUCGAUGACGUGCUUUUUUCCCACAGCGAGGCCUACCAAAACCAGGUCUUUGGCUGGUCUCUUGGCACCGGAUGGAUCGCCGCCCGCGAGUGCACGCGGGAAGCCUUCAACGCCAUCUGCCAGUUUGGGAAGGCAGAGAUGUACUUCGUGCAGUUCGAGCCUUGCAAGCCUCUUCCCUAUGGCAGGGAAAACCACGUGAUACAGUUUCGGUGCUUUGACGUCACAGAAGGCCCAGAAAAUGCCCAGAUCCACGGCGCAGUGCCCUAUGCGCAGCUGGCUGCCUCCCAGCCGGCGGACCUCUACUUGAGCGAGGGGCAGAGCGGUGACGACUUGGUGGAGACUUGGGAAACAGGGGAAGCUUGCUGGAGCUUGGACAAAUGCGUCCAUUGGCAAAAAGACUCGGCAUGUGAUGCCAACGGUUUGCAUCUUCGCAUGCUUCUGCACAGCGGUGUGAUUCCACAGAGUAUUCCACCGGAGCUCUUGCACCAGCACCAUGCCAUACUGGUGCCAUUUGUAAGUCAGGACCCUUUAUGGCGACCGAUCUCGGUGAUGGAUCCGGAUCUCCCGCAUCUCCCACGGACCCUGUCAGCGGUGCCUUCAGAAUCGAUUCGGCAGCUCGGGCGUAGAGCCGCCUCCCCAGACAGUUCUACGCCAUUGUCAAGAGUGUCGGCGUCAAAGUCAAGCAGAAGGGCGCAGAUAGAGGAGUUUACACUGCACAUGGCCCUGGAGCGCCUUCGUGUCUUCUAUGCCGUGCUUCAAGUGGGGUUGAUUCUGCUUGCCUGUGGCAUGCUCUUUACUGCUGCGGCAGAGCUUCUUUGGCGAGUCCUUCCUCCUGGACGGACUGCUGAGUGGGUGGUCUCGGCAAUAUCAGUGUGCUCAUGGCUGCUGACCUCCUUGACCGUUUCAAUCGCAUCGACAUGUCCCAUCGAAGAGCUGGACCUUGCCAGCUUCAUCGAGGCCAGACCGAAUCUGUGCUUCUUCAUGGCCCUGCCUCCAGCUCUGACAGCUGCUGCACGGGUUUCGGAGCUCCCGAUGCCGCGAGCCCUCUCCCUCAUCACCGUUCUCGGACUGGUGGGCAGAGGAUGCUUCGGCCUAUGUCGUCGCUUUCAUCUUCCCCUUCCGGGCGCCGUCUUCUUGCUGGAGCUCUGGUGUCUCGACAUGAUGGUCUCACCCAGUGUUAAUGGAAUGGCAAGGGCAGAUCCUCCCAGAACGGAGAUUCUGCUGUCUCUGCUUGCGCUGAUCGGUGCCGCAGUCAUCAUCGCACUGUGGGCGACGCGAUCCCAGUCCACUAUUCGCUUUUACGUUGCGACAAACCUUGCCUGCUCUUGGAGCGGCUUUUACUUCGCGGGCCGUGCCUUCGAUCUGGCGAUGGGAUACCAGCAAUGGGAAGUUGGCCGACAAGUUGACAUUGCCAUCGUGGCAGCUGUGGCCAUGUCUGCUGCCACGCUGCUACCCCUUCUUGGCGUUUCGAUUGUCGGUCGACGGCGGCUCUUCAAAGCCUUGGGCGACAAGUUUGAGCACAGCCGAAGUCGUCAGCUGCAAAGCGGGGCCUUCAUGGCCAUGCUUUUGGAUUCCUACUUUGUUCAGAGAGGGCAGCCAUGGUGGCUGCGGCAGCAUGCUCUGGAAACGGAGACCGUCCCGGAGAAUACCUUCAAUGGUAACACACCGCGCCCGUUCGACCUCUCCGCAUCCCUGGGGUCCAAGCUCAGCUCAAUAGACUCACUGUGCUCAGCGGCCACCCCGGCAUCGAUGAUGCCGGAGAUGGAUAUGAGUGCCAGACCUGAUUUCGUGAAAGGCCGGGUAGUGCAAGUCUCGAAGGAUGGGAGUGUGUUUUGGGUCAAGCCCGAGAUCGGCGAGCACAGAUCUGUAAAGGUGGAUCGGCGGCAGCAGGUCAUUCCGUGGCCACAGCUGCUGGAGCUGGGCCGCAAGAACCUGCGCUGCAUGGACUGGCAAAGCCAAAGCGAAGAGCUGUGGAGCCAAAAUGCUGGACCCGGCUUCCAGCUUUCCCGGCCGGUGGCUGGGGGCGAGGUAAUCGACUUCUUCGUGUCACACUCCUGGAGUGACAACAGCCAUCGAAAGUUUCGAGCACUCCACUUCCUCGCCGAGGAGUUUCAUGUGCGGCAUGGCCGGUACCCGACAUUUUGGGUGGACAAGUUCUGCAUCGACCAGAGCAGCGUCGAAGAUGGACUGCGCGUGCUACCUGUGAACGUCAUGGCCUGUAGCAAGGUGUUGGUCCUUUGUGGAAGUUCGUACCCCUCCCGGCUCUGGUGUGCCUGGGAGCUCUGCGUCCUCCUCUCCUUCAUGCCUCUCGGCCUGCAGCAAGACAUGCGUCUAUGA